AUGGUACUGAUGGGACGACAUGCUGUUGCACCAUCGCUGUCGUUACACGAUUUUUAUCAUCCGCUGAGGGCUGAUCGACUGACACCACCGUCACCGAGUCAUAGCAUUGAAACGACCAGGCAUAAGCGACAAACUCCCACGGAAAUGUUGGCUCCACGCUAUGCUGUAUUCGAACAUUUUUUGAUCGAUGGACGAUGGUACUUGACGGUGAUCAAUGAGCGGAAUCGAGUGGAACCAAUCAGUCUGUUGGCAUAUUCAAUCGCUGCUCCGACGUCAUCAUCAGCCGACGGUUCGAAUCCAUUAGCGAUUCGAUGCGAAGCUGAUUGUAACGGUCAUGGUGAAUGCCUUCCCGGUGGACGAUGCAGGUGUGCUUCUGGAUAUACCGGAGAAGCUUGCGAAGAACUGGCAAUGGAGUGUUCUCUGGUGGUGCAUGUGUAUGUCGAACUGGAUUCAAGGGGAAAGGAAUGCGAUGUACAUGCACACUGGUGUGAAAUCCCCGACUGCAGCGGCCAUGGACGGUGUGGUGACGAAGGCGUAUGUCACUGUGAGAAGGGAUGGACUGGAGAGGGCUGUGAAUUGCGCGCGUGCUCCAAUCCAACCUGUUCUGAUCAUGGCGUUUGCGUGAAUGGCCAGUGCUACUGUGCAGAUGGAUGGCGAGGAGUAGAAUGUGCUGAGCCAAUCAUGGAUCCGACAGUUGCUACCGUACCAGCUACAGUAGUGGCUGCCUUGGUGCCAAUGGUAGAAGUACUGCCAUCUGCGAGUGAAAAACCCAGACAAAUCAGUCGAGAAUUGGAUAGACAGAAGUUACCAAAGCCUAGUAAGAUAUUUCUGCCGCCACCAAACUGUAACAAUCAUGGCAAAUUUGUAGCUGAUGCAUGUGAUUUCGUGGAUGGGAAGGAAGGGACUGUGAAAGAGGUAUCCGUCGUGCGCUUUCAAUGGUACUGCUCACUUUCAAUGACAAGAUCGAUAAAUCAAUACUUUCCAGAAGUGUGCCCACCAUGUGAGCACGGUGUGUGUAAGUUCGGUCUGUGUCAAUGCGAAACGGGAUGGUCUGGAAGCCUGUGUGAUCAAGCUGAUUGUGCCAUAGGUAUGAAAUUUAACUCUUCUUCAAUAUCAUUCAACACUGGAGGAAAGGUUCUUUGUUGUCAAGAGCACGGUAAAUGCCUGAAAAAUGGAACAUGCUCGUGUGAUAAAGGCUGGAAUGGGGAGAAUUGUCAUAUGGAAGGAUGCCCUCUGUCAUGUUCCGGUCAUGGUGAGUGUCGCUGGAGUUCGCUACCAGAAGAAAAUGGCGAAGGAUGGCGAUGUGAUUGCCAACCAUCAUUUACCGGCGACGACUGUGCUGUACCGGUGGAGGCAGAUUGCCAGGAUGGGCUCGAUAAUGACAAUGAUGGCCUAAUCGAUUGUGAUGAUCCUGAGUGCUGCUCGUCAUCAGAAUGUUCACGCGAGAACCCGUGUGUGCUACUGUGCCCACUCCUGUUGAUGUACUGCUGCGCGCGUCUCGUUCAUCAUUCGGAACGAUUCUGUCCAGAGUUACUCGGAUCACUCGCAGUUCAAUGA